AUGACAAUGUUUUCUGGGGUGGAGUGUGCGCGGGCAGCUUGGGACAGCAUCCACAGGGCAGCAGAACAGCUGUGGCAGAUUCAAACAGGAGUCCGGUUCGUUUGCGGAGUGGAGAAAGAUCGAGACUGCCAGAAGCUGAUUCAGGAACUCUAUCCAUCAGAUUGUCUCUUUACGGAUGUAUUCAAUUUGAUCCAUGGUGGUGACAAGGUUUCUCGUACCAAGACCCUAGAUCCACGGAAGAUCCAGUUCAAAAAAACAUCUUUCUGCGCGAUUCAUGGAAGAGAAUGUGAAAUCCCUGAUUUUUCUGAUUUGCUCGUUGUGCUUGGCGCACCGUGUAUUUUAUUCAGCAGGUUUCUUGAAGAAUGA